GUCUCUGUGCUUCCUACCUGAUCAUCUGUCCAGUGUUCACCACGAGAUGAGUGGAAACAGGCUUACUGCACCUGGCCAACUGUACCCAGGAGACUUCCUGAGAUCAAACAAUAAUGCUGCCACAGCAACAUUUUUGGCUAAUGGGAACUUUGUUGUCACAACCACAAAGCAAGUUUGGGAAUCUAGCUCAACAGGAAAUGGAGGUGCCUUCAUAAUCAUGCAAAGCGAUGGGAACCUUGUCAUAUACGACGGCAACGACAAACCCGUGUGGGCCACCGACACUGGCGGGAAGGGUGGGCCAGCAUCCCAGCUCUGCUUGUCCGAUGACGGGCAACUACAAAUACUUGAUGGUGGAAAACUGAUCUGGAGCCGCCACUGAAUGAUGUUCAUCCUCCUGUUCCUGAUGUACCACACUGAGACCAGCAGAUUGGGAUUCUAAAUUGUUUUCUAGUCAUCAGCAUCAGCACUGUUAAAUGAAGUUGAAUGAUUUGUUUCAUGAUGAAGUGAUUGACCAGAAAUAAAAACCUAAAGAUGAAUAUCUGCAGCU